AUGUCGCUGCAGAGCUCCACUGCAGCGGCCCAAGUGGUUGCCACAUAUCAGGCAGUGACAACAGACCUCUCGUUUGCGAUGGCACCCACAGUGCUGCUCCUGUACGACGUUUUCCUCACCUCAGGCCAAGAGUACCGAUAUAUCUGGCGAAAAUCAAAGAAGUGGAUUCCACAAAUCCUAUAUCUGUGCAACAGGUACAUGUACUUGUUGUAUCUUCUCCUGAGCCUUGGGACCAUUCCGUCUAUUUCAGACAUUAGGUACAUCUGUGCUUCACUGAUCUGGCUUACCAAUGUCCUAGAGCUGCUGAGCCUGGUGGGAUCUGCCAUGUUCACCACCCUACGAAUAUAUGCGCUCUCACAAAAGAACAGGAUCCUGAGUGGGAUCGCACUGGUGCUGAGCAUGGUUCCGUUCGUCAUCAAUGCGAGCACCAGAUACCAACAGCUUCCAAGCAACCUCCCUGCGCCGCUGAAUUGCAUCAGGACCAACACCGCCAGCAGGAACCUCGGAAUUGGAUGUCAGUACAGCGACUCCUACCGAGUGGACAGCUACUCACGUAUUACCUGGACAGUGACCAUUGCCUCGCGGGGCUCUCUCAUUCUCGUGGAAUCGCUCGCCAUCGCCAUCACUUGGCAUCAAAGGCGUACAACAAUCCAGCUCAGGACAGGCUUCCUGAAGCGGCCAUCCCUCCAACAGGUGAUGUGGGAGAAUGGAGCGGUCUAUUUCUUAACACUUGUCUCCAUAAACAUGGUGGACAUGGUAUUCGUCAUACUCUCAAUUGCCAUACCCUUCGCAGGAAAUUCCUCUUAUGUUCUCUCCUUUGUCGACCCCAUCUCCUCCAUCCUGAACAGCCACUUCCUGCUCGCGCUCCACGAGACGAACGCACGGCUCGAAGGGGCGGCCGACACGUCCCUCUCCUCCCUCACCCUCAACACUGGCAGCGGCGACACCCCGAGUGCACGGGCCUCGCCAGAGCUCCGGCCGGUCCUCGGUCUGAUUGGUGGCACAAUCCGCUCCUUCCAUGAUGAUGACGACGAAGACAUGAGGUCGCUGGAAUUUGCACUGCCGUCCGGUUCCGAGCUGGGAGGGGACAUUUUGGAGAGCGGCGGAUCGGAUGCCGGAAACUCGAUGGCCUGA